AUGAGAGAUGCUUCUGAGGUAAUGAAGAAACAAGCCACGCUUAACAUAGGAACGAUUGGACAUGUUGCACAUGGAAAGUCUACGAUUGUGAAGGCAAUAAGCAGUGUAAGCACGAUUAAAUUCAAGACUGAACUUGAAAGAAACAUUACGAUAAAGUUGGGAUAUGCAAAUGCAAAGAUAUACAAAUGUGAUUCCAAAUGUAUAAGACCGAACUGCUACCAGUCGUUUAGUAGUUCUACACCUGAUGAGUUGCCGUGUAAUAACUGUGGGGGAAUUCUUAGGCUUGUAAGGCAUGUGUCUUUUGUGGAUUGCCCAGGACAUGAUGUGCUGAUGGCAACUAUGUUGAAUGGGACUGCAAUAAUGGAUGCAGUGUUGCUUGUGAUUGCAGCGAAUGAGCCAUGUCCUCAGCCACAGACGAUUGAGCAUUUAUUUGCGGUGGAGAUAAUGAACUUGAAGAAGAUGCUUGUUGUGCAGAAUAAGAUAGACCUUGUUUCACGGGAGCAGGCACUAGAGCAGCACGAGCAGAUACAGAAGUUUCUGAAAACAUCGAAUGUGUUUGGGCCUGUGGUUCCAACGGCAGCCCAAGUAGGUGUGAAUAUUCCUGCAAUUCUUGAUUUUAUUGUGAACUACAUUCCUGAGCCUAUCAGAAACGACAAAGCGCAUCCCAAGAUGGUUGUGAUUAGGAGCUUUGAUGUGAACAGGCCAGGCACAUGUGUCAGAGAUUUAUGCGGAGGAGUUAUUGGAGGUAGUCUGGUUACUGGUUUACUGAAGACAGGAGACGAGAUUGAGAUAAGACCUGGAUCAAUAACUAAGAAUGGAAGUAAAUUUGUAUGCAGGCCGUUUGUCUCUAAGGUGGUUUCAUUGAAGGCAGAGAGCACGUCUCUUGAAGAAGCAUGUCCUGGAGGACUUAUAGGAGUCGGGACUACUAUGGAUCCGUUUUUCUGUAAGGCUGAUAAGUUAGUUGGACAGGUGAUGGGACUGCUAGGACAUUUGCCAUCGAUAUUCUGCCAAAUUGAUGUUAAUUAUAAGUUGUUUCAGAAGACAAGUAUUCAAAGCAGUACAAAACUAAAAAAUGAUGAGCAGGUGCUGGUGAACAUAGGAAGCACGACUACAGGAGGAGUAAUCCGAGCAAUGAGUGAAGAGAUGCUUUCGCUUGAUCUUGUAAAACCUGCAUGUUGUGAGAUCGGAGAAAGAAUAGCGAUUUCUAGGAAAGUUCAAGGGCAUUGGCGUUUGAUCGGGCAUGGAGAAGUAAAGAGUGGAAAGACAGUGGAGCCUGUUUAUGACAAUUAA